ACGCAUGCGCAGUGGAGUCUUUACCGGAGCCGUAAUGGCGGAGAACGUACGGUCGCCUUUUGACUAUCGGGAGCCACCGACUCUCGACAGCGAUGGAGACGGUGGCAAGCCUCCGCCACCUCGGGGGCGAGUGUGUGGCCGAAAGAGAAAGGGCACUCCUGUGAAGGUGUGUGACCGAGCAUAUGUGACUGAAGAUGAAGAGGAAAGUUUGUCUGAGCACAGUUACAGCCCAGGUGAAGGGCAAUACCCAGAUGAAGCAGAGGACCGUCUCCCCCCACCGAAUAGUCCUUACUAUCUCGCUGAUCCAUCCCAGCUUUGUGUAUCAGAGCUCGGCGAAGAAGGCGCCAGUGGUGUUCGUGGCCCUGUGCUCUUUCCACCUCUACCACCUAACUGCAGGAUCAGAGAGGUUCAUUGUGGGAGUCAGGUACGACUGGUUGUCAUAGCGAUCAGAGACAUUGCCAAGGGUGAGGAAAUCACGGUGGACUACAACUUGGCUGAGUGGGGCGAAAAUGCGCUGGCUUUCCAUCGCUCUGUAUCACCACGAGGAUUUGAAUGCGGCUUCAAUCCAGACAGCAAUAUCAAGAAGGAAGAGGACGCAGCUCCGUCUCUCCCUCUGUCUCUCACAGUUUCGGACUACCUCACUCCCUCGUGGUCUCUCUCUCCUUCUUCGUCUCCUCUGUCUCGCUCCGAGGCCAGUGAUUCAGACCGCGAGGAAGAUGAAGAAGAAGAGGAAGAUGAGGAAGAGGAUGACGAAGAGGAAGAAGAUCUUGAAGAGCUGAGGGGCCACAUGAUGCAGAGGCGCAAGAAGCGAAAAACGACGAAUAACACAGCCAAAAAAAAGCCUCAACCCAGCCCUCUUUCCUCUUUCCCUCCAUCCUCCUCACCUUUCCAGUCACCUUUAGCCCCACCGACCACAAACAUAAACAAUAACAUAAACAUAAACAUUAGCCGCAGUGCCAGUAGGAAGCAACACUGUCCUCAUUGUGGCCGUAAUUUCCGUUCUCUCGCUCGGCAUCUCGAAAAGCACCACGAUCAGCAACCGGAAAUCCGGAAUGCAAUGGAACUGUCACAUGGCCCACGGUCCUCACACACACCGCCCUCGGCACACACACGUGGCUCACACUCGUUCACCUCACCACAGCCCUCUGCUUCCGCUUCUUCCUCUUCCUCUUCCACCUCAGCCACCCCCAAUCUCUUCUCUCGUGACUCUUCCGGCUCAGGUUCGGCGGCCAUGUCGUUCUCUCUCUCCCUCUCUCCUCCUUCACGCCGUCCUACCACCAAAAAGAGCCCUGCCUCUAUCUCCACUCCACCCAGAAAGAACACAGCACCUACUGCAUCAGCUGUGAAAAAGUCUUCCAGUCCUCCGGCCAAAAGGGGGCGACGUCCAAAGAAGGAGAAAGAAGAGAAGCAAAAGAAACAGGAGGAAAUAGAACAAGCAAAAGAAGAAGCUCCACCCACUCCGGGCCGAAACGAAGAGGUUGAAAGGGAGGAGAUAGAAGAUGAGGAGCUGGAUCUGACCGAAAUGAGGGACGAUGACAGCGGAGAAGAGAAGAAUGGUGCAAGCUCUCACCGCUCCCACGUUUCUCCUCUCCUGUCCUCUCUUUCCACCCUGGUUUUGUAUCUCCGACGUCAGCAGCACACGUCCUUCCUGUCCCUCUCACGUUCAAGCAGCUCUGCAGAGGCAUGGCGCCUGCUAUGCCACUCCAGCCUGGCACUGCUCAUCCUCUAUAAUCGUCAUCGUGAGUGUGAAAUGGCAAAGCUAAGCAUAAAUGAUUACCGCAGUCGCAUCACAACUUCCUCUAACUCCAGCUCCCCACUUGAAGCAUCUUUAUCCCCUUUCGAGCGACAAGUUUUGUGCCAUAGGCCCCGCGUGGGUGUUUUAGGAAAGCGCGGUCGGGUUCAGCCGCUAAUCCUUCCACCCCACUCUGAAUCCUGCCUCGAUUUGCUUCUAAAAACCUCCACGGAUGUAAACGUCGAUCCUGAAAGCCCUUAUGUAUUUUCUCGGCCGUUUCAUUCUCCUGCCACCCCUCUGCGUGGCACAGACCUCCUACGUGGAUUAGCACGUUCCAGCGGGGCUAAAAACCCUGCGGCACUGACAUCACCACGCACACGAAGGCAAGUCGCCAUCCUAACCCAGCUCCUGCUGAUGGACGAGGGGGAGAAGGAGAGGCUUGAGCACUUCCUGCACAAUGAGUAUCACGUCACCCAAAGCUGUGCCAGAAUUGGCCAGGACCCAGCGCUGAUGGGCAGAGUGGGCCGUGUCGUGCUAUAUGGGGAGAGAGACGGCGUGCUGUUCAGAGGAAUGAGCCUCAAACACAUCUGCCUUGAGCUAGACGUAAUGUCUGGGAAUUCAGCAGAUUCUUUCUCAGAGGAAUCGGACAGAGAGGAAGAGAAGAGUAAUGAAAGAACAGAGGUGGGAAAGACAGCAGGAGUGAACGGCCGAGGGCCAUCUAAAAAGGGCGCUAGUCCCGUCCCCUCGCCCUCUACGCCCUCCCCGUCAGCUUCGCACAAGAGGCGGAGCUCACAGAUAAAAUCAGAACGUUUACCCCACUUUUCAGGCAAGCGUGGUGUGCUGAAGAGGCCGUGGUCAGAAGCAGAGCGGGUCGCUGUGGAAACGCACCUAAAGCGAAACAUUGUGGAGCUGCGUGUACCGGCAAAGGCAGACUGCGAGCGAUGUUUGCAGCACUGCCCCCUACUGGUGAGCAACCAGCGUGACUGGAGAGCCAUUAAAUUCUACUGCCACAACCGGAUUCAACUACUGAAGAAACAGGGACGCGGAGGAGCGGCUGUCUGUUAACUCAACACACACACACACACACGUACGCACACCCACACCUACUGAGGGAGAGACUCUUACUCGCACAUUCAGUCCUGGAACCAUGGGUUGAAUAAGUGACCAUGCACACAUUUUUUGGAUUGUUGUGCAUCAGUGUUCAUUGACCCCACACACACUUGUACAUUGUAAGUGGUUGUAUAUGAGUGUGUCCUUUGGCUGCUCAUAGAUAGAGGCUCAAGAAAGUAAGCGAUCCUACACACACACACACACACACACUCAUUUGUGUCUUUAUACAUUUCAGCAUUUCACCCUAAACACACACAAAGUGUUAAAACUGAUUUAUGCCUAUAAACUGACCUCUUGGGACAAUUGGGCGUGUGUGUGAAAACAUUUGAAAUCACUCAUAUACACGUGACAAAGCAGCUCAAAGUACAUCACACACGGACCGCAGCAAAGGAUGUAGAUAUUCCUUUAUGAACUCUUUUGUCCGUUUUCUUUUAUAUGACGAUGCUAAUACUGUUUGGCCAGUGGAUUCUCAACAUUGGACUGAUUGUUAUAGACUUGUAUAUAAACAUCUGAAAUUUAUGUACCUGUCUUUGACAAACAGUUAUUUUGGGACCAUGUUUUGUCAUGUUGUUGGACUAUAUACAUACUUGUUUGUGUGUGUGUGUGUGUACAGAUAUAUCUAUACACACACAGACAUUGUGGGAGGAACAGUAAGUCUAUUAUGCUAAUAUGUUAAUUCAAUUAUGAAGGUGGUUCUCAGUUCCAGUCCUAUUAAGGUGACAUAUAAAAUCCAGCAUAUUUAAUACUUAUAGAUUGACAGUAGCAAUUAUCCCAGCCAACUAGCUGUAUAUUGGAUGACCCAGCAGUAUAAAAUUAACCAGCUUCUGUAUGAAAUAAAGUAAUACAUAGACUUAAACAAGCUUUCAUAAUAUUUUAAAUAAGUAAUAUGUAGAGCUAUUUUUUUAGUUAGUUCUCCUCAGUACACCACUAGCCAGCUACUAUAUUUUCUUUAUAUUUCAUAAAGCAAAAUAACUACACCAUUGAUUAAUGCUAACCAGUUAACCAUGUUAAAGAACUUUCCAUGCGUUGCUUUAAUUAAUAGAGAUAUUUUAGCUAACAGCUUUGCAAGAUAUUUAUUUGAACUACUCUAAGAUCACGCUCUGUGUACUGCUAGCAAGACAAUAUAGUACUUUAUUUCACAGGCUGAUAAAUACCUUGCUAGCUUGUUAGUUGGCUAGUAUUUUAGCUUCUCCAAAAACGACUCCUCUGUGUACUUGUGUUUAUUUUAUAAGUAUUAGUACAUUUCACAAAAUGACAGUAGUUGUAGACAGAUGUCAUAAAGUGGAACACUAGUCAGCUAGCCAUAUAUUAAAUAACCAGAGUGAUGCUAGCUGGCUAAAAACCUAGCAUGCUAUUUGGUUUAGUUACUCAAAAAAAAUAAGUCUCAGUAUAAAGCUAUCAAGUUAAUUUUCAUUCAUUUAUGUGGAACACCGCUUGCUAGCUUUUUUUUUUAGUCUUCGCGAUUCUGAAGAUUACCACGCAGUGUUCUACGUUCCCAAAACAUAGCUAGAUUUUUAUUUUUAACUUAUAGCGGAAAACUAGCUAAUAAUAUAAUUUAGUAAAUAUUUGAGUUGUCAGACCCAAUUAACAAGCAAGUAUAUAUAUUACUGUAUUUUCCACAGUGAUAAAUAUCUUGUUAGCUUGUUACUGUGCCACUGUUUUAGCUGUUCCACAGACGGCCCCUCAGUGUAUCACUAACCAGCUACUAUGUUAUUUUACAUAUUAUUUUAUAUCAUUAACCAUAAGGUAAGCUAUCUGGCUGGCUAUAUUUGACUAACCUUGUGUGUAUUGUUACCUUUAUUAUCUAAUGCUAUAAUUGCUAACAACUAAGCUAGUUAGUGAUUUAUUUUUAGGUACUACAAUCACAACCCCGUAGUUUUUACUGCGAGCAAAAUCAUGUGUUGAAUACGACAUGUCCCUGAUGAAGGAAACAAUUUUUAAUAAUAUUUUUUAUGUAAAUGGAACAAAUUUAAACACACAAUGAUGGACUGGAACUGAGUGAGUGCAUAAACCUCAACCUUUUUUUUUUUUUUACCCCUCCAAUUGAUUGUAGAUACAAAGAAGUAUAAACACAAACGGAAAGUUUUAUUCAGUAAGCUAGCCACGGAUUUCAUGUUCUCUCCGUUUUUAUUUUGUUUUAAAGCAUGACAUUGUUUUAAGCCUGGUCUUAGUCUCAUCUCUGCUGUUAGUGCUGAUUCUCAAAUAGAGAAUGAUGAUAUCCCCCCCGUAAUUAUCUUUAGAAUUUUUACUGUUCAUUUUUAUGGUUAUAAUUCAGCAGUAUUUUAUAUAAGCUAAAUACCAGUGUGACCGUGAUCUUGAUCCUUCUUUUACACUGUUUCUUAACCCCCAACCCCCCCCCCCCAUACUUGAACCAUUUUAUCCCUAAGAAUUUAUAUAUUUCUGUUUCAUCCACAGACCAUUGACUGUAUGUUGGUUUAUAGUAUAAACAAUGAACUUGUAUUAGCGUGCUAGCUAGCUUCGUGAAGGUGUACAUUCUGUAAAUAUCGACUUAUAUAAAAGUGCUACAUUUUGGAUUUUUUUUCUUGCGUUUUCUUAAAUGGCAUUGUAAAGAUUUUAGAGGAAAAGCGGUUUAGAGACACAGAUUAAUGUAUGUCACUGCAGAAAUAACACCUUUAUUUGCA